AUGCGAGCCGAGUUUCGAAAGGGAUACAGCACGAUUCACACCGUUUCGCAACUCAUCGAGGUAUCGCGAAAGUACGAGAUGCCGCUCUGUCUCACCAUAAUUGACUUGAAGAAGGCAUUCGACUCAGUUAAGACGGAAAUGGUCAUGGAAGCCUUGGACAACCCAGGCGUCCCUACUAAAUGCAGAAAGGUACUUCGAGAGUUGUACAGUGACUUCACGACCAGAAUUUUGCCGUUCUACAAGAAUAUCAUCAUUGACGUGAAGAGAGGGGUACGACAGGUUGAUAAAAUCUCACCUAACGUAUUCACGGCCACUCUUGAGAACCACUCAAUACGAAGGCUGGAAUGGGACGACAUGAGAGUGAAGGUUGAUGGUCUGCAGCUACACCAUUUAUGCUUUGCCGAUGAAAUCGUUCUGAUAACGUUUGUCAUCAGCUAA